AUGCCCCUCUGUGCUGACGACUUUUACUGCCACCAGUUCCAACCCAACACCUUUGACCCCUCCCGCUGUGGUUCGUGCCUGCGCCCGGGACACAUGCACCUGAACAGUACCUCACAGGACAACCAUGACUUCCUGUCGGAGGUGACCAGCUACAGUGAUGUCACAAGGAGCAUCUGGACCUAUCAGGAGAGCCUAACUCACACUCCGAGUCCUGACUGGGAACUCAAUAUCUGUGACUCUGACACGGUACACAGCAGUCAGGAGGACCCGUGGGACUUCCUGCCAGACCCAGGGAGGAGUGGCUCUAGCACCCCAGCAGGGUGCUGUGUGACGGGGCCAGAGAUGACCCGGGUGGACCCCUCUCCCCACAGACCACCACACAGCUCACUGAUGGAGGAGAAGAGAGGUCGGGAGAGGUUCAGGCGACCCUCAGGAUCAAGAGGAGAAAGCGGCUACUUCUCUCCGGACAGGAAAGCCUUAUUUGAUGGUGGUCCCCAGGCUCAGGUGGAGGGUGUAUCCAAACGGCCUUACCGGUACUAUGAGAGGGGCCAUCCGCUCCCCAACAACCACAGCCCAGAACCCAAAGCCGCCAUCCCCUACCGGAACGUGAAUCUCGGAAUUCCCUCCCAGAGGAGAAGCGAUGAAACGUUCCAGCAGGAGACCUGGAGGAGUGAGUCUCCGCAGAGAUACACCUGUCAUUCCAACUUCAGACGUGGUGGCACUGAUUCUCAAGAUCAGUCUCCUAGCCCUCGCUCCCCAUGCCCAAACCGGUAUAAACUUGCUGAAUCACGAUCUGCAUCCUCCCAACGUAGAAGCUCCCACUCCAAAAGUCACGCUCCUUCUCACGCUCCGUCUCACUCAUCUCGCUCCUUGUCUCGCCAUCCGUCAGGACGGUCCAGUCCCUCUCACAGACGAGGUUCUGUCGUGUCUCGCCACCCCUCCCUGUCUCGAAACACGGCCUCCUACAAACACACUGACUCCUCCCACGUACGAAAUGGUAAAACAGAGCAUUACGCCAAUGAGCGUGAUCAAGAUUCAAGAGAGUCAAGAGAAUCAAGAGAGUCAAGAGAGCCAAGAGAGUCAAGAGGAUCAAGAGGAUCAAGAGAAGCCAAGAGAGUCAAGAGAGUCAAGAGAGUCAAGAGAGUCACGAGAGUCAAGAGAGUCAAGAGAGCCAAGAGAGUCAAGAGACUCAAGAGAGCCAAGAGAGCCAAGAGGAUCAAGAGAGCCAAGAGAGUCAAGGGAGUCAAGAGAGUCAAGGGAGUCAAGAGAGUCAAGAGAGUCAAGAGAGUCAAGAGAGCCAAGAGAGUCAAGAGGAUCAAGAGAGCCAAGAGAGUCAAGAGACUCAAGAGAGCCAAGAGAGCCAAGAGGAUCAAGAGAGCCAAGAGAGUCAAGGGAGUCAAGACGUCCCUCCCACAACUCAAACAGUCACAGUUUGGACUCUGA